AUGGAUCACUCAGCGAGUCGGAGGAAAAUUUUCGCUUUUGUUAUUGAGGCUGGAAUCAAAUUGGGAGCGAAAAAUUCAACGAUAUGUACUGCUGAAGUUUUAACAUAUCGCACGUUGAGGAAAAGUAGUGCUUCUGAAUUGUGUCCUUAUACUAUUGCUUCGGCAUGUCUUCUAUUGGCGGCUAAAAUAGAAGAAGAUGAGAUGGUAAAAACAAGAGAUGUUGUGAAUGUUGCUUACAGAUUUGCAUUGAGCAUACUGCAUCCCCGUGAACCGAUCUUACAAAUCGAUGACGAAUCAUGGGCACUGCGAACGAGCCUUUCACGUAUGGAAUAUAUUGUGCUACGAUUAUUGAAAUUUCGUUUAUCUGUGGAAAAUCCUCACAAGUAUUUACUCCAUUAUAUCUCCUCAUUGAUGCAUUGGUGCCCGCAUGAAUUUACGAAAUUCCAUAUUGGCGCAAUAUCACUUAUCAUAUUACGUGAUGCACAUGUGGAUCCGGAUUGGGUGCUUUCACAUAGUCCACAAACCAUCGCCAUUGUGUGUCUCGCAGUUGCUCUUCGUAUUGCCAAGGUUUCGAUUGGUGUUCGUUGGUACUCCGUCUUCUACUCAUCAAUGACGAAAUCGAAAUUACGACGUCUUGAAGAUGAGUUAGUGACGUUAGUGUUGAGACGAUAA